CACGACUUGUGCACAAACUUGUGGAGUUGUGGACUCGUAGCCCCUCUCUUAUAUACUUCUCCCCCUCCUCUCUUCUUCUCCAGCCAUCUUCAGUUCUUUUCUCCUUGAACUCACAGAGACAUUUAGACAUGGGAAGAGCUCCUUGCUGCUCCAAAGAAGGGCUUAGAAAAGGGCCUUGGUCUGCUAAGGAGGAUUUGCUGCUCACUAAUCACAUUCAAGAACAUGGUGAAGGCCAAUGGAGAUCUUUGCCCAAGAAAGCUGGGCUACUGAGGUGCGGAAAGAGUUGCAGGCUGAGAUGGAUGAACUACCUGAGACCGGGGAUUAAACGGGGGAAUUUCAGCCAGGAAGAGGAGGAUCUGAUCGUGCGGCUACAUUCACUCCUGGGGAACAGGUGGUCCCUCAUUGCAGGCAGGUUGCCAGGUCGAACGGACAAUGAGAUCAAGAACUACUGGAACACUCAUCUCCUCAAAAAACUCAAGAGCGCCGGGAUCGAACCCAAGCCCCGCCAGGCCAAGAAAAAACCGGCAAAACCCCGCCCAGAUUCCCAGAACCUCAACCCCAAUAAAAAGAAGAAGCAAAAAGCUAGAAACUCCGAACAACCUCUCCGGCAAGCCGAUCAGACCACGCCGCCGGAGAAAACCCAGAAUCGGACAAAAGUUUACGCUCCGAAACCCAUCAGGCUCUCCCCGCCGGGGAUCUCGAGGAUCAACAGCCUCGAAGACGUCGCCGGCAGCGCCUCCUCCAGCUCCGGCGAGGUCGACAACAAAGCGGCGGUUACAGCGGACCCGCCGCCGUUCAUCCCGUGGCACUUAUACGAGCUAGGAGGAGACGUGGACUUCUGUGAUCAAAUCCUGGACGGCUGUGAUCUCUCCUCCCCUAAGUGCUCGGGCCCCACCACUGAUGGCCUUCUGGAGAAGGUGUACGAUGAGUAUCUCCACCUUCUUUCCGAGAAUUGCUUUGAAUCUUUGACCGAUGAUUAUUUGUGCGAUUAUCCUUUCGUGGACGAUAAUGUAGCCCCGACAACAUCGAGCAAUAAUUCGGAUCUUAAUUAAAAUUACCGUGAGUAAUAAUGGAGUGGGUAAUGAGUAAUUUUACUGCGGGCUAUCGUCAGUAAAAAUGUAAAGUUGUGUUGUGUAAUUGUAGCGGUAACGAAAAGGCAGUGAAGUAAUUUUGUUUGGUUUUUACUAUGUAUUUCCAUUUUGGACAACAGAAAAUAAAGGUGUAUAGUAUUAGCACGUGACACGAUUUGAUGCUCA